CGCAAUAAAAUGGGUGUGGUUGAAUCGCGAAUAUGUGAUGCUACGUGUUUCUGGUGCAGACCGCACGCUUUCAUGUGGGAUUGAAUAUACAGAGUGAGCGCGCGUUUUUAUUUAAACAUUAUUUAGAAAACCACUGUACUGUUAUUCAUGUUGAAUUCACCCCGCCUCCCGUUCUGGCACGGUGACAUUUGAACUGAUGGGUGGUUUAUGCGCUCCUCCAGAGAGAUAGCCAAGUCGACGUUGGUCACUUUAUUUUAAUUACUCGGACGGGCCACAGGAUCCAUGUCGUCGCAUUUGAUUUGAUUUCAUUUUCCGGACGAGGUCAAAUUAAAACAGAACAGGAAAAACGAAGACGCUUGGGAGGAAAGAGGCGAACAUCCAUCGACACGCUAUAAAGACAACGACGGCGGUUGGCGUAUUUGGACUUAUUUCUCCGUGUUCGGUUCACGUAUACGACACAUCACCUCACACUGGUGGUGUUUUAAACCGCUAAAUUCAUUAAUACAGCGGUGGGAAAGCCUUCGUCUGCUGUAACGUAAACGACAAGCCAGAGGACCGAACGGUGGCUCUUCGUGAUCAUAUCGGUUUGAUGCAUAAAACACGGAGUCGCCGAGGCCUAACCUGAGCACUGGAAACGAAGCACCAGGAAAGAGUCGACACAAUGCAGUCCUAAUAAUACCACCAGACGAAUUCCCUGCGAAUUACUUCCGCCAACUAACUUAUCUACAGCAUUCCGCUCACUUUACGUGGAGCCAAACAAGGAAGAUUAAAGGUAUCUAAGAGCGUGAGAGAGGUCAGAGGACAAAGGUUAAAGGUCAUUUCAAGAUGAGCGAGCUCGAGCAGCUUCGACAGGAGGCUGAGCAACUGCGGAAUCAGAUCAGAGAUGCCAGGAAAGCAUGUGGAGACUCCACACUCACUCAGAUAACGGCAGGACUGGACCCAGUGGGGCGGAUACAGAUGAGGACGAGGCGCACACUACGUGGGCAUCUGGCUAAAAUCUACGCAAUGCAUUGGGGCUCAGACUCCAGGCUUCUUGUUAGUGCCUCGCAGGAUGGAAAACUUAUCGUCUGGGACAGUCACACUACAAACAAGAUUCACGCCAUCCCAUUACGGUCAUCAUGGGUGAUGACAUGUUCAUACGCUCCAUCUGGCAACUUUGUGGCCUGUGGUGGACUGGACAACAUUUGCUCCAUAUACAGCUUAAAGACAAGAGAGGGCAAUGUGAGAGUCAGCCGAGAGCUGCCCGGCCACACUGGUUACCUUUCCUGUUGUCGUUUCAUUGAUGACAAUCAGAUCAUCACCAGUUCAGGAGACACGACCUGCGCUCUGUGGGACAUUGAGACGGGUCAGCAGACCACCGUGUUCUCUGGUCACAGUGGAGAUGUGAUGAGUCUGUCACUGGCUCCAGACUCCCGGACCUUCAUCUCUGGGGCCUGUGAUGCCUCCUGUAAGCUCUGGGACAUCAGAGACAGCAUGUGUAGACAGACCUAUUGGCACGAGUCAGACAUCAAUGCUGUCUGUUUCUUCCCCAGUGGCAGCGCGUUUGCAACAGGUUCGGAUGACGCCACCUGCAGGCUGUUUGACCUGCGUGCGGAUCAAGAGCUGUGUUUGUAUUCCCACGAUAACAUCAUCUGUGGCAUCACCUCUGUGGCCUUCUCUCGAUCCGGCCGCCUGCUGCUUGCCGGCUACGACGACUUCAACUGUAACAUCUGGGAUGCCAUGAAGGGAGACCGAGCAGGAGUGCUGGCUGGACAUGACAAUCGUGUGAGCUGUCUCGGGGUGACAGAUGAUGGAAUGGCUGUGUGUACAGGUUCCUGGGACAGUUUCCUCAAAAUCUGGAACUGACCACACGCACAGCUCAGAUCUUACACAUCCAUCAUACACACUUAUGCACAGUAUCUACUUUACUGUACAUGUGAUGUACACUUACACAGACACACAUGCCUGACAUAUACAAGAACUGUACAUAAUAUAUAUAUUAACUAUUAGUUUACACCAAGUCUUUUCAGUGCCACAUAAUACUAUACAUAUAUUGCGAGUCACACCAUAGGCAAGUUUAGUCCACGAGUUUUAAACAAGAAUGUUUACACGCGCACACUUUUUUUCUUGACUUAAGGUUUGCUGGAUGUAUAAAGUAUGUUGACUCACAACAUGACUCAAAUGUAUUUGGAGGAAUGCGUGCUUAGUGAGUCUCAGAUGAGUGUCGUUUGAGCAUACAAUCCCAAAAAACACACUCAAAAUGUUUGACAUGUUUUUGAUCAUGUUUUCCUCUUCACUCAAACGAAGCCUUCAGUGCUGAUGUUUCCAUCGGUCAUGUAGAGUUUAAAAGAUGAGAGCCAGAGGAAGACUGAAGUUGCCCAUCAGAACAUAUUCAAGCUGAAACGAACCCACUCUAUAUAGUUUGUUUUUAUAAAUGCGUAUGCCAGCAUAUCACAGUAUAUAAGUAAAUAUAUGAUGUGUUUGUCUUCAAUUUUUGUUUCUUUUUGCCAUUUUUAAAUGCUUAUUUUAUUCAUAUUUCCAUGUGUGCCACACCUUGAGAAUAAACAAAACGGAAAAAUAAAA